AUGUUUUUCUAGAUAGUUAAGAUGUAUAUGUCAGAAAUGACUGUGGAUUUUACACUCGACUGUAUGCCCGUUAUCAUUUCUUGUAUUGGUAUAAUACUGCAAUUUAUUGACCGUAUAAUGAUUACUGACAAAGUAAGAAAUAUUUGAUAUGAAUGUUUCUGUGUAACUGACCAAAAUGUGAUAUAAUAAAUAAUAAUAUCGUUUUUUUUUUUUUUGUUACGAUAUGACUUGCGAACGGAAUGAACUUUUUACUUUUUAGUUGAGAAGUUUACUCGAUCAUAUUAAAGCCGAUUGGGAACGCACUAGGUCUCAGGAUGAGAUUAAAAUUAUGCGAAAAUAUGCCGCGAGCGCAAAAAUAAUCACGACAUUAUUUUCGUUUUAUGUAAUCGUAGGUACAAGUGUGUAUAUCAUUAUCGCGAGUCUCCCGCAGAUUCUCGAUGUAUUUCUACCGUUGAACGAGUCACGCUCGCGCGAACAUCCGUUUCACGUCGAUUUUUUCCUCGACGAAGAAAAAUAUUUUUAUCUUAUUCGAAUUCAAAUGUAUUUUAUGUUAUUGUUGGCAAUGGGAAUAAUCCUUGCCAACGGGACCAUAUUCGUUGUUUACACGCAACAUGCCAGUGGAAUGUUUACCAUACUAGGGUGCCGCGCAGAGCGGUUAUUUAGCGAACGUUAUUCUAAGGCUAGACGAUCCAUCCGUGGAACUGAAAAAGAUUACAGGAGCAUUGUUCUUUUUGUCGAGGAUCAUCGCAGCGUUAUACAGUUUGUGGACAUUAUUCAAUCGAGCUAUAGUUUGACCCUCUACACUGAAUAUUUGUUCUUUAUGAUCCUGAUAGGCCUGACAUUGGUACAAAUAAUUAAAUUCUCCGGAUUAUCGGAUCGGCCAAUUAGAUCGUUAGCUUUCGUCGUCGGACAAUUAUUUUAUCUGCUUAUGUUUAGCUACAUGGGUCAGCAUAUAAUUGACACGAGUACACAGUUGUCCAUGAAGAUAAGGACGAUAAGAAAAAAGGACAGAGAGAAAUUUAAUGUACAAUUUUAUUAUAUUAAAAAAAUUUAUUAGAGACGACUAUUUUUUGAGAUGAUAACAUUAUCACUGGAAGGAACGUAGUACCGUAAAAUAAGACAUCGACGUUUUCAAAACCUUUAAAAAAUAUUAAAUCUCUCGCCGUAUACUCUUUUAUAUAAUUAUUCCAAGUGUUACAUAUAUAUAUAUAUAUAAUUAUAAAAUAAAUACAAGUAUAAAAUUUUACUUUACCGCGCUAAAACUUUCGAUUGAUAAGGUCAUGAUUUUGCCGGCAGUUAUUUUGCAAGGUGAUAUAGUUCUGCUCAUAAUUAGAAGAAGGAUCUUCUUACAUUUUUGUGAAGUACAAUACCAUUUUCCCCUGCAACUGUAACACAAAGAGAUUCAUGUUAUUAUGGAUAUGACAAUUAGUGAUAAAAACGUUUACAAGUGUAAUAUUUGUGCUUUGUGAUAAAAAGAACAUUUCAGUCAAUUUAACACAAAAUGAAAUUGAAUCGCGGUAUAUGUGUGUGUAUUACAAAAUACGAAAGAAUUAAUUAAAAAUAAAUGACAAUGUA